GCGUUCUUCUUCCCUUCAUUUCGUGUAUCGUUGAGCGUGUGCCUAUCAAUGAUCAUCGUUCAAAAGACUAAAAUAUAAAUUUAGAAAGAAGAAUUGAAGACGUUUGCAUACAGAGAUAAUGGCAGCGACGAUGAGAUAUCUUAUGAGAUUCAAUGUGGGACUGGUGAACCAUGCUUUUCUGAGGAAUAGCUUCCUCAAUUCUUGCAGAUUCUUAUAUUCAGACAAGAGCCUGGGUAUGCAAGGCUAUGAAAAUGCACGAUUGAACUUCCGCAAUCAGUUUUUAAAUGUGGAAAAUACAUUCCGCAGCAAAAUGGAAGAAGUAUGUAAUACAGACUCGAGUAUGAUCUUCACAGAAGAUCUAAAGUCUAUGUUGCAUUUAGCUCAGAAAAAACCCGAAGACAUUGAGUUACUUAUCAAAAUGUUGACAAAAUUUAAUAAGCAAACCAAGGAGAUGAGAUUUGGUACUUUUAUGUUUGGUCCCGUAGUGAUGCGUACCCUGUAUUACUUGAAUGAACCAGACCUCGCAUACACUGCUUUCAAAGAUCCUAAGUUUGAGAAUUUCUUUGAUCAAUUCGUCAGUUACCAAAUUCUUUUAUCCCUAUUAUAUAAGCAUGGAAAGUACACAGAAAUGAGAGAUGUGUAUGACAUGAUUAAGGACAAAGACAUGGCAGACGGAUAUCCUAGGAAUUCUUUGAUAUUAGUUAUGGCUGGCUGUUAUAAGGAGAAUACACCGGAGACAUUACAGUAUGGCUUGAAAAUCUGGAAAGAAUUAGAUGACAAAGGAUACAUGAUUAUGCGUAGAGCUACUACGUUUUUAGCAGCUUUAGCCAUUAAGCAGAAUUCGUCCCACAUAGCUAUAGAAAUUUUAAGUUCUUUAAGAGAGGCUCGAUAUAUUCAGAUAAGAUGUCUGAAAAUUUUAGCCUACACAGAUUUGAAGAGGUUUACUGAGAUAGUGCCUAUGUUUAGAGCAUCAUUAGAACAUGAUAGACCCAAUGCACAAAAAGAAAGUUAUUUCAUAGAUGUGAUUGAAAAAUUGGAAGAGACUAUGGCACAGGAGAAUAUCCCUGAGAACUUCGAACUUUACAAGUUGAUUGCUUUAUUGAAAAAGGAUGAGUACAUCUCACCAAAAACUUUGGAAGAGCAUAUCUGCGCGGAAAUAGUAAUCGAUAAAACGAGAUUUAACAGAAGGAGAUUUAAUAACACACAAUUUAAUUUUUCACAGCCGCAAUCUAAUUUUUCACAGCGGUCACAAUCGUUUGUGCAUAAUAAUAAUAGACCGGCAUUGCGGGAUCUUUUGUAAGUAUGUGUUUAUGGAAGCAUUUCCAUACUUAAGUUGUAGAACGUAUCUCGUAUAACCCGCUAAUUAAUUUAUCCGAGAUAAAUUUAAAAUAAAACCAAUGAAUAAAUAAAUAUGAUUUGUUUCAA